AUGGCGUCAGUACCUGUAAAGAAGAGAGGAAGACCUAGGAAGGCCGUGGUACCUCAAGUUGCGUUGGAUGGUUCCAGUGGAGGCGCAUCUGAUGAUCCGAGAAGUAAAAGACCUAAAAGAAACGCCUCGAAGAAGGCAAUCGCGAACCUGGCGCAGUUGAUGACGGUUGAUGUGGAUGAUACGAUAAAUACUCAGCGUCUCAGUAACCAGGACGACGGCGGCGAUAGUGAUUUCACCGUGAACGAGGAAAACAAUAGCGAGGACGAUUAUGAUGUUGACUUGGAAGACGAUAAGGAGCUGGAGGCUUCCAAAGAAGGAGUGUCAGAUUUAAAUAGCAAUAAAAGUGGCAAUUCUGAUCAAUCAAAUGGUAAGAGAAAGGCUUCGAAGAAAACAAAUGCAAAGAAGAGCUCAGCUGAUAAAGUACCGAAAAAUAAACGCUCUCAUGGAUCAAGUUUGGAACAGAAAGGUCGCCCUAUCAGACUUUUAAAGGAUCUUUCCAGCGCGAGGGAUAAGAUUGAAAGAAUUUAUGGACUCAACAGAGAAAAAUUAUUGCAGUUGGCAAAAGUUAAGGAAGGCUUUGAGACAAGCAUUUUUGAUUUUCCACUGGAGAAUAUUCAGCCCGAUUCCCCAUAUUUUGUAUGUCCACAACCUCCUUAUACAAAGGAAAAUGUAUAUGACAAAGUUAUAGGAGAUAAAAACAAGACUAUAUACCACGAGAUUACUAAGAUAGAGUUUGAGAAUAUGGUGAAAUUGAGAAAAGAAAGAUUGAAAUUACUUGUUGGCGAAGUCGAUGCAACGAUGUCUACUGAUGACAGGAUGGAGUUUCCGAUACUUCCUAAUGGCAAAAGAACUGGAUUCGUUUACAAUGUAGGAGGUUUAGUAACAGAUAUUGCGUGGCUCAAUGUAGACAAAGGUCUUGAUACAAAUGAAAAUUAUCAGUAUCUAGCCGUUGCAAUCUCACAAUACAUGGAUGAACCUUUAAAUGAACAUUUGGAAAUGUUUGAUAGAGAGAAGCACUCCUCCUGUAUACAGAUUUUCAAAUUGAAUACCUUUACUUUACAGUUCGUAAAGGAUCAAACUAUUGUACACUCAUUUGGUGAAGUGUGGAACCUAAAAUGGCAUGAGGGAUGUUACGCAUCUCAUUUGGUUGGCUGUUUAUCAUUUGUUAGCCAAGAAGGGUCGGUUAAUUUUUUGGAGAUCAUUAAAAGCGUUAGUGAUAUUCAUGUCUUUAAGAUAUGUGAGAAGCCGUCUUUGGUUUUGUCUUUGGCGGACAGUUUGAUAACUACUUUUGACUUCUUAUCUUCAACCACGGUGGUUUGUGGCUUCAAGAAUGGAUUUGUGGCAGAGUUCGACUUGAGCGAUCCAGAGUUGCCAUCGUUUUACGAACAACUCCAUGAUUCCUAUGUAUUAUCCAUCUCGGUAGCUUUUUCUGAUUUUGAGGAUACCGUUAUCAGUACAGUUUCUGUAGAUGGUUUCUUUUAUGUUUUCAAUCCAAAAGACAUAGCUACAACAAAGACGACGAUCUCUAGAUUUAGGGGAAGUAAUUUGGUUCCAGUUGUUUAUUGUCCUCAAAUAUACUCGUACAUCUAUUCGGAUGGUGCUAGUUCGUUAAGGGCUGUCCCACCGAGAGCUGCCUUUGCUGUUCAUCCUUUAGUAUCACGGGAAACAACUAUAACGGCCAUCGGAGUUUCAAGAUUACAUCCAAUGGUUCUUGCUGGAUCCGCUGAUGGGGGUCUAGUUAUAACGAAUGCAGCUAGGCGCCUUUUGCAUGGUAUUAAAAACAGUUCGUCCACUCAAAAGUCAUUGAGACUUUGGAAAUGGGAUUACAGCAUGAAGGAUGACAAGUACAGACUGGAUAGUGCUUAUGAGGUUUAUCCAUUGACAGUUAAUGACGUGAGCAAAGCUAAAAUAGAUCCACAUGGGAUUAAUAUAACGUGCACUAAAUGGAGCGAAACAAGUAUGGGGGGUAAAUUUUACGCUUUUGCUAAUAGUGCUGGUUUUUUGACACUUGAACAUUUAGGGAAAUAA